AUGGGUGAUCAAGAGGCGCUGGAAGACAUGAGAUCGAAGAUUAUGGCCUCGAUGGCUGACGGGAGCCAGCAGCAGCCAGUGAAGAGGACAGCAAGCGAAUCUGCCAGACAGGAGAGUGAGAACAAGAGACAGAGACCAAUUGAGCUACCCAGGGGACCAAGGAAUGGUGGGAAUUCAGUGGCAAGGAGUAGGUACGAAUCGCAUCCUCGGAGACCAGCAGCUCAGAAUGGUUAUAGAGGCGAUGAUUAUCGCUAUAGUUCAUAUCAUAGAUCGCCAUCACCGCGAUAUAUGUCCCCACAACAGCCAGCUCGUGCGCGUAGUAGAUAUACUGCUAACCAGGGAUCCAGGCUCUCAGGACAGAUUCAAGAGGAUUCUUUGAAAGGUGUUGAGCCUAUCGAUAAAAGGAAGAGAAGGAGACCGACAAGAUGGGAUGUGAAACCUAAAGGAUUCGAAAAAGUACCAGCUGAGAGGGCUAAGCUGAGUGGACUCUUUCCGCAGCCAGGCGAACCUCAAGAAUUGGAUCGUUCGAAGCUUGAAAGAGUGGCAAUGCAUGGUGGAGCGAAGAGUAGGCGUACUAGAAUCCUGUUCGAAGAUGCAACGAGUAAAAAUCUACUAUUAUCAAGACUAAGCUGCGAGCUGAUUGUGGAAAAUUUAGAGGCCAACGUUUCGAUUUCUGAUUUCUUGCACAGUUUUGCCAGAGGACUGGGUGAAGAUAUGAACAUCCGUAAUAUUAGCACACCAGAAAACGCCCUUUAUGCCGUGGUCGAAUUCAACAACGCAGAAUGCGCUACUAUUGUACUAUCCUGUCGAAGUUUUAUCAAUCAGCACCUUGGCAUACCGCACGCGAUGUGGAGAAGACCCAAUGAGUACGUUCAGCAGCUAGACCAUACUGAUCGUUUGUGUAGUCCCGAAAUUAUCGCUGUGGAAGGUUUAAAAGAGGAAGACGAAGUUGCAAUCCAAAAACUUCUCUCAGAUGGGGGGGUAAAAACAUGUUACGUAAGACCAAUUUAUUGUCCCACUGGUGAAAGUAAGUUAUUUACAGGAUGUGCACUAGUUGAAUUGGAUGAUGUUGAAGAUGCGGCGUUGGAAGCAUUCCAGGGAGCCACAUGGUUCAAGCCCAAUGAGGGUGCUUUAGUGCAAGACAGUUCUUUAAUUACGUUCCAAAGUCUACCGAAACUUGUAUCAGAGCCCAAACGAUCGGAGUCCAAAGUACUAGUGCUACUAAAUUGCGUAGACCCAUUAGACUUGAAACUCAUGCCUUUUGCGAAAGAAAUCGAGGAUACGCUGAGGUACACGUUAGAAGAGGUGGAUACAGUAUUGAUCAAGAAGCCUAAUGUUGAUUAUCGCUUGAACUUUGAGCAUAUUUCAGAAGGUGUUGGGAAUAUUUACGUCAAGUUUAACACUUUAGAGGCUUCUGUUAGUGCUAUGAAAAAACUACCAGGCUCUAAAUUCAAUGGUAGGACAGUAUUAUGCUCAUAUGUGAAUGAAGAUGAUUUCGAAAGGGUUGGACUUUUGUAG